UAACUUCAUCUUAUCAGUUGGUCGACUUCCGGAAUAGUGGUUAUUCGAUUUAAUGGCAGAGGCUUGUGAAAUUUAUCGUGAGAUUUGAAAACAACUGUCACAGCAAUAAUGAGACUGGUCAAGUGAAUCUAGUGUUUAGUCUUUCAGGAGUGCGAUGGACAUCACGAAACACGAGUGCUUCAAACAUCUCUUCGCCGAUUUCACCAACAGCACGAACACGUCCGACAGUGACGUCAUCGCUCGUCUGGAGAGAAUCGAAAGCGAGGCGCUGCUCUUAAAGAUCCCGACCAUCGCCUUUCUUGUAGCCUUGAUGCUCAUCGGUAUCCCUGGCAACGUGCUAGUGAUCUACGUUUACCGAUACCGACUUUUGCACACGACGCCUCGUCUUCUUAUCAUCACGUUGGCUUGCUUCGACUUCUUCAACUGCGUCUUCGGAAUGCCCUUCGAGAUCGUCAACGUCAGCUACGACUACUUCCUCGACAUCCGCACGCUGUGCAAGCUGUUCAGAUUCAACAACACCGUCUGCACGUGCGGCUCCAUCCUCACCCUUCUCUUCAUAGCGGUAGACAGGUACAGAAAAAUAUGCAGAGCCCUCAGGAUUCAGAUCGUCUACAGACAGGCCAAAAUCUGUGUCGCCGUCAUUGUCGUUGUGGCCUUGGUUGGAUCUGUUCCUGCUCUAGUGUUCUACGGCAGGGAGACUAACAAUGUGGUGGGUGUGGUCACUAGUGACUGUUCUUUCGACGACAGUAUGAGACACACGGUGUUUCCCCAAAUAUAUCUAUUUUUUCUUGGGGUUCUUUGCGUAUUGUCCAUAGCUGUCCUAGUCGUACUGUACACCUUCAUCGUGCUACGGAUCGUCCGGCAGAAGAAGAGGCGCUCCACUCUCACUUCCGGAAGCGUACCGCUUCCGGUAAGUGGACGUCCCCGACAGAGGGAGGAGACUACCUCGAAAAGCUCUCUUCCUCGCGUCGAUUCCACCCACCGAAAGCUAGCCGGGUCGCUGACCAGGAGCUGGAAUUCGAGACAGGCGAGCUUCGUGAAGCGGUCGAGGAUGACCUGGAUGAUGUUGAUGGUAACCGCGGUGUUUAUUCUCGGAUACCUUCCGCACAUCUGUCUCCAGCUGAUGAGGACUCUGAAGGACGAGUUCUUGGAAGAUCUCCAGUGUCACUCUGCCGCUCUGGUGGCAGUGACUCUCUUCCUGAGGUCCUAUUUCCUGAACAGUGCCGCGAAUCCCAUUAUCUACGGUUUCUACAAUACGACGUUUCGACAGGAGUGUAAACUGUUGUUCGUGAAAGUAUUGGCUUGCUGCAAGAGGGAUGAUACGAAGGAGACUCCUGUUGAUGUGUCGAUUGUAUCGACGAGUGAUUCCUAAAUAACUGGCUCAAAUAAACGAGGACAGAAUGUAGGUAAUACUCAGGGUAGGGUCUCCAGUGAUACAGAGACUAUCUUCAAUUUGAUACAGUUAUGCUAAAAGGUGUCCACCUCACUGAACUUGUUUAAGAACUAAAGUUACAAAUUAAAUGCACAUUCCUGGUCUGGGCCCCAUUCCACGAAGCGAUCUUAGCCCUAAGAUUACCGUAAGCGCAUAGCUACUCUAUGCACUUAAGUUGAUCUUAGGGCUAAGAUCGCUUCGUGGAACGGGGCCCAGGGGUCUAAUUUACAAAGCUCUCUUAGGCUGUACUGGACAACAAACCAUCCUCUUUACAAGUCUUUUAGCAUUGUACUACGAGGUCGCAAAGUUGCGAGAGUUUAGUGAAAUAGGCCUCUGGUGCUUAUAGAACUUUUAGUCUAGACUCAAGACUCUAAUAGAGUCAGACAGUAAUGUGACAACGCCAUACAAAUUGUAUGUUUGUGACGUCAUUAGAGAUUGAGACUGAACUCUAAACUUUUUAUGAGCACGGGCCCAGGGUCCAGACCUUAAUGUAAUGCUAUUUGUAUGGCGUUGCCAUAACGUUAAAGUCUGGACUUUAUUAAAGUCUAAACUUUAAGGUUUAUAAGCACGGAGCCUGGUGUUUAUAAUUUAGUCAGCUGUAUUAUAAAUAUUCUCUGAAACUGUUUCAUCUAUCAUUGUAUCAUUGUAUCAUUGUAAUUGAAUUUUCUCAUCUUGUUGGUGGUAAAAUAUUAUGAAUAAAAGUUCUUCUUUCUGUUUAAGUAAGGAGUAGGUAUAUGUUUUACAGUGGUGAGGCCGGGAAGAUAAAACUAGACUGAGCAUAGUGUUUUUACAUCUCUUAUUAAUGAUUGUUAUAAGUACGUUUUUCUAAGUAAAGGUGGAUAGGUGCGGUACGUAUAAUUAGGUUUCUGUUUUUAUCUCCUACUCAACAGAGAUUAUUUCAGAUCUGAAUUUGAAUAAAAUUUGCUGGCAUUUUUUUCUCAAACACAAAGUCCAACAGGCUGAUACCUAAAGAUGAGUACAAUAAAAGUAUCGGGUUUUUUUCUUGUUCCAGCCAGCGCACAACGACUGAUAUAUCAAAGGCCGUAGUAUGUGCUGUCGUGUGUGAAUGAUGUAUAUGAAAGAUCCCUUGCUACUAAUGGAAAAAUGUAGAGGGUUUCCUCUCUAAGACUACAUGUCAACGUUACCAAAUGGUUGACAUCCAGUGGCCAAUGAUUAAUAAAUCAAAGUGCUCUAGAGGUGUCGUUAAAGAAAACAAACUUAUUCAUCGACGUUGCAAAUGCUGGUGGGCAAAGCGGUGUUAAAUCAAUCAUUAUAUAUAUAUAUAUAUAUAUAUAUAUAUAUAUAUAUAAAUAAUAAAAAUUGACGUUUUAGUUGACGAAACUUUGAGAUUUUAAACUUGUGGUUUUAAACAGAGACUGCCCAUUAAAUUAUUU